CGUCGGCGCUGCUCCGCACUGCUGCGCGCUAAAGGCUGCUAUACAUGAAGUUAUCCGAGCGCAAUAGCAUAACCUGAGCGCUUUGUCCGAUAAAAUAUCCAUCCCGCAUGUAUGACCUGCAAAAUAACAUUAUUUAUUUCACAGUAUUAUCAGUCUCAAAGAAUUUCUUACUUCUAUUUUUAAUCUUCUUGCCGGAUUUUAUAUUGAUUUUAUUCAGUCAAACUUCAUAAAAUCACGAAAAAUCAACUGAUAUGCAAAGUGUCACAAUGACGUUUUCCUCUGUGAACAUGUUUCUGCAGUUAUGCAACUUUGUUUGAAUAAAUGUUUAUAAUUGGAAUGAUUAUCUUGUGAUUUCGCGAUAAGCCCUAAAAUAAUAUUGUAAGGUUAAUUCUAUUUAACGAAGCCCAAGAAACUACAUAUAUAUUUUUCUGCAAGUUUUAAUAAAUGCUAUAUUUUAUAUGGUGAAACGCAAUAGUCAACAUGGAAAACGAUAAUCCUAUAAUAUACGGACUCGAGUUCCAAACGAGAGCACUAUGCGCCCAAACAGCCGAGACUGAUAUUGUAAGAUUUUUGGUAGGAACACAAUCUUUAAAAUUUAGCAACAAUCAAGUGCAUUUAGUGGAACUUAAUGAAGAAACAGGAAAUUUGAAAACUCAAGUGUUCCAACAUCCAGUAGGAGAAAUUUGGUCCUUACAAUCUUCUCCAACUGAACCUGAUGUAUUUAUUACAUGUUAUAAUAGUUUGAGUGAGGAAGGCACCUGUCAAAUGAAAGGAGCUAUUUGGAAAUUUCCUGAGAUGAAAGAAUAUACUAAUGAUAUUUUGCAACUCAAUAAACUAGCAGAAAUCGAUACAACUCCUUACGGAACUGAUCUUAAAAGUAUUGCUUAUCAUCCUACAGAUAGUAAAAAGGUUGUUUCUGUGGUAGAUAAUAAUUUUAUCUUAUGGGAUUUGGUAAAUAAAGGACCACAGGUUGUAACAUCAGGUACUUUAGCAGGCAAGGGUCAGCCACGAUUUACGAAUGGUAAAUGGAAUCCUCACAAUGGUGCUAAUCAGUUUGUAACAUUGAAUGAGAACAACGUUCGAGGAUGGGAUAUUAGAAGUCCAGCCAAUGCUGCGUGGUCCAUUUUAUCUGCGCAUUCGCAAAUCAUCAGGGAUUUAGAUUUUAAUGUAAAUCGUCAGUACUUUCUAUCUACCUGUGGUGAUGAUGGAUAUAUGAAGUUCUGGGACAUUCGAUUACCAACAGAACCAGUGCUAUCACGCAUGGAACACUCGCAUUGGGUGUGGAACAUAAGAAUUAACCGUUUUCACGAUCAGCUUGUUUUAACGUCCAGCAGUGAUUCUAGAGUGAUUUUAUGCAGUAUUGCAUCUAUUUCGUCUGAACCGUUUGGACAUGUGGUGUCAGCAGAGGAUGAGUCUUUGCAAAAUGAAGAAUCUUGUGGCAAAAAAAAAUUAGAAGAUGGCCUUGUAGGCAGAUACGAAGAACAUGAAGACAGUGUGUAUGCAGUGGAAUGGUCAUCUGCCGAUCCCUGGACAUUUGCAUCUCUCAGUUAUGAUGGUAGAUUAGUUUAAAUAAAGUGCCACGUAAAUAUAAAUAUCAAAU